GUUCGAGAUGGGCUUCGAGAUGGGCGAGCUCCUCGGCAGGGGGUCCGACGGAGAGGUGCGCAGCGCCUGGGAGUGUGCCACCGGCACGGAGAUCGCGGUGAAGAUCAUCCGCUUCGACUCGCCAUCGGCACCGAGGAGGCUAUCGACGUCAUCGUCCGACAGAAGGCGAAAGGACCUGGAGCACGCGCAGGCCCAGAGACGCAAGCGCGCAUGGACAGAGGUGGAGACGCUGCGCACGGUCGGCGAUCACCCCAACAUCGCGCGGCUGCUUGGGUCGUUCACCACCGACGACGCCGCAUAUGUCCUCCUGGAGCGGUGCGAGUGCUCCGUGCUUGCGAAGUUCGACUCGGACCCACGGCUCCUGCAGGAGGGCCUGCCGUGGGUCUUCCAGGGGAUGCUCACGGGCAUAUCCGCUUGCCACCGCGCCAGAGUCGUGCACCGCGACGGGGUCGGCGGAUUGGCACCGACGGCGCCACCGUGA